GGAAUUGUACACAGUGAAGUGACACUUCUUCUCUCUUUCUCUACCUAAACACAACCUCAACAACCAACACCAUGUGUGGCAGCUACUAUGGAGGAUGUGGCUAUGGAGGCUGCGGCUAUGGAGGCUGCGGCUAUGGAGGCUGCGGCUAUGGAGGUCUGGGCUGUGGCUAUGGCUCCAGCUAUGGCUGUGGCUUCCGCAGACUGGGCUGUGGCUAUGGCUGUGGCUCUGGCUGUGGCUAUGGAUAUCGCUCCCACUCUCUCUGUGGCUGUGGGUAUGGAUGUGGCUCUGGCUAUGGCUCUGGCUUUGGCUGGUACUAAUUGAGGUCACACUGGGAGACUCUCACCCUCCACACCUGGACAUGGAAUUUGCCAGUUUUGAGCUCCACAUGCUCUGAGCCUUUGCCUUGGGUGAUGAUAUCCUGCAUGAUCAAAGUAGUUCUGUCUGCUGUCACCUACAACCAAACCUACAGAUUCCCUGAAUUUGCUGCAGGAAGUGGGAGAUGGUGAAAUUCAUCUGUGACCCCCACAGUUCUACUUUCAUCAGGAUGAUGGUGUCAAGAGCAACUGCCUGGAUGAUAUUCAUGCUGGAGCUUGUUUUUGUGUUGACCUAAUAAAUUUGUCCAAUCCAAAUAGCAA